AUGAAAGGGGAAAACCGAGUGGAAAUUAGCGUUUCGUAUCCACCGUCGAUAUUAUCUCAAUACAUCAUUCCCUUUCAAUUAACCCAAUCGAAGUUAAGUUGCCAUGUCACUCACUGCCAGCACAGUCAUGAAGAGUCCAAACUCUGGAGCAAGUACCAAAGCUCCUGA